GGGAGGAAAAAGGCAGAGGGGCGCGCAGCGCUUCAGUGUGUGGAUACGCACAGAUAGGUGAUGGUUAGGAGAGAUGUAAGCGGCGUCGGCCUCAGCUCUCCAAAGCUGUAGGCUUUGGUUGAGAGAGAGGCGUGGCGCACUUUGCCCCCCUCCCCACGACCGAAAACCACCUGUAUGGAUGAGCAGACCUCCAGCGUGAUCCAGUCGUCCUCGUCCGCCAGGCGCAGGGGCAGCAACGCAAGCGACAGCCGAGGUUAUGCCGAGGUGGAGAGGGGCGUCAUGACGGUGGAAAACAUGCUGGAGGAGUCCGCCGUGCUCUCGGCGCCUCACCUGUCGGUGGAUCGAUACGAGCGCGGCCGUCAGGGAUGUUGCGAGAGGGUGGUGAUCAACAUUUCAGGUUUACGUUUCGAGACGCAACUCAAAACUUUCAAUCAGUUUCCAGACACGCUGCUGGGGGACCCCAGGAAAAGGAUGCGCUACUUUGACCCACUGAGGAACGAGUACUUCUUCGACAGGAACAGACCGAGCUUUGAUGCCAUCCUAUACUACUACCAGUCAGGGGGGCGCAUACGGAGACCUGUUAACGUCCCCAUUGAUAUUUUCUCCGAGGAGAUUAGGUUUUAUCAGCUGGGAGAGGAGGCUAUGGAGAAAUUCCGAGAUGAUGAAGGGUUUAUAAAAGAAGAGGAGCGCGUGCUGCCCAAAAAUGAUUUCCAAAAACAGGUUUGGCUUUUGUUUGAGUAUCCUGAAAGCUCUGGUCCAGCUCGAGGGAUAGCCAUCGUUUCAGUGCUUGUUAUUUUGAUUUCAAUUGUCAUUUUCUGCAUGGAGACUCUCCCGGAAUUUCGGGAUGAUAAAGACCAAGCCACAGUGGCACCCACGGUCAAUGGCACUGCUCCCUACGUGCCAAGCCCGUUCACAGACCCCUUCUUUGUGAUAGAGACUCUGUGCAUCAUUUGGUUUUCUUUCGAGUUGCUGGUCAGAUUCUUCGCCUGCCCCAGCAAAACUUCCUUCUCCAAAAACAUCAUGAAUAUCAUUGACAUUGUGGCCAUAAUCCCCUACUUUAUCACUUUGGGGACAGAGCUGGCCGAGAGGCAGACCAACGGCGGCCAACAGGCGAUGUCCCUCGCCAUCCUGAGGGUUAUCAGACUGGUGAGGGUCUUUCGCAUUUUUAAGCUCUCACGACACUCAAAAGGACUUCAGAUUUUGGGGCAGACCCUCAAGGCCAGCAUGAGGGAGCUCGGUUUGCUUAUAUUUUUCCUUUUCAUCGGAGUUAUUCUCUUCUCCAGCGCGGUUUACUUUGCAGAAGCGGACGAUCCCACGUCCAGCUUCACCAGCAUCCCAGACGCGUUUUGGUGGGCUGUAGUCACCAUGACCACAGUCGGAUACGGAGACAUGCAUCCGGUGACUAUUGGUGGGAAAAUAGUGGGGUCUUUGUGCGCAAUAGCAGGCGUACUCACCAUUGCCUUACCCGUGCCAGUGAUUGUGUCCAAUUUCAACUACUUUUACCACAGGGAGACUGACGGAGAGGAGCACCCACAGUACCUGAACACGGGGAGCUGUGAGCACCUCCCCUCAGAGGAGCUGAGGAGGUCAUGCAGCUCCUCGUCUCUCAGCAAGUCUGAGUACAUGGUGAUAGAAGAGGGCAUCAACAGUGCGUUCAAACAGCCCAACUUCACCACCGAGAACAACCAGAACUGCGUGAACAUCAAAAAGAUCUUCACAGACGUGUAAAUGAACCCAGAACGGAUCAUUUAUGGAGCAUGAAGAAACAGUAGCUAUAAUAUUAUUUUUUUAUAUAGCCGGUCGUAUUGUGUCAGUCCAUAUCUGUGGAUGAACGCUGCGUAAAUGUCCGUUUUAACAAGUCAUUUACGCAAAUGACAAACUACUUGAACCCAGUGUGGAUUCACAUGUUUUUCUAAGAGAUCGAGAAGUAUUAAUGUAACCAAAAAACAUGUGCGUGGAAGAGUGUGUGUGUGUGUAUAUAUAUAUAUAUAUAUAUAUAUAUAUAUAUAUAGUAAGCGGCUUGUUAAAACAGAUAUUUUUCAGUGUAUAGUGCCACAUGAUGCCUCUACAUAUCUUGAUGUUAUAAUGCGAAAGUUGUUGGUGUUUAUGAUUGGGAUACACGUGUAGCAUAAUACUAUAUUGCAUCUACCCGUCAGUCAAAAACGACGUCUUGUGCUUCGUGGAAAGAGAAGUUUCAUUGUCCAGUAAUGUAAUGAAUAGACUAUGGUAAUUAACAUAGCCAAAUGCCUGUUUUAGGUUAUAUUUAAUAUCAUAACCUGUCGAGAUGUUGGACUCUGAGUCUUGUGCAGAUUUUUAUUCAGGUAAUAAAUCGCAGAGUGGUGUAGAUGGAAACGCUUAUCAUAAAUUCUAAGUCGAGCUUUACGUAAAAUUGUAUUUUUAUUCAGAAAUGCCUAUAAAGCCUAUAUUAAAUAAAACGAGAAUUACGUGAUUCCGACUCAAAAUGUCAUUAUGGAUAAACACCACUGCAAAAAUGGCCCAGAGCGAGCGGGGGGGUAUGAAACAUAAAUUGUGAAUAAUUGUGUGUUUGAGAUCAUGUGAUGACAGUAUGAAAACAAGGAGGGAGAACGUGCAGCACGUCCCGCCUCCUUGCUCAGUGAGCCCGCCUUGUGAUGCAGUCUCCAUGACGACGGUGGUUUCCCGGGUGACUCCCUCCAACGUUACCAUCGCAUUGUGUUGGCAAGACUUUCCAACUGUGGUUCAUUAUCACCUUUAUUUUGACCUUUGUGUCCUUGAAGGGUUAAAGGAGCAACUGUGGAUGCAUGAUUUUAAUAUUGUGUAAAACUAAUCUGGAGGUUAAAAAUAAUAUCGUUCUAUUACGGUGGAUUAAUCAGUCAGUACUAUCAGUCCUCUAGGUGAAGUUUGAAGCAUGUAUUUUCAGGCAGUGUAUUGGCAGUAGAAAUAUGAAUAUCACAAAAAAAAAAAAAAAAAAAGCUGUUGUAUCAGUGCAGCCUGGCCUUUGUUUCCCUUCACUAAAACCACCUCGGCUGCUCUGUUUUGCUGAUGUGAACUCCAUUCUCUGAGUUGGCAUGCCAACUAGGUCUGACGUCAGUUAGUACCUUUCAUCCCCUGCAGCAGACACUUGCACGCUUGCUUGUAGUACAAAGUGACACAAACAAAGAAACGGUGAAACUCAAAGGAGUCCACUGACAGUUAAUUACAGGGCUGCAUCUCAUGUAUAAUGAUGGCUUGUGAUAUGCAUGAGAGCUUCUCAAAUAUGUAAUGUAUAUACAGAUAUAUACAGUUUACAGUGAUGGAAAUCAGAGAAAAAGAAUGGCUAACUUUUACAGUGAAUUGGACAAUAUUUGACAUUGUGGCUUAAAAUGAUUUAAAUGAUCUCAGCAGCAUUUAUUUGCCAUUUAUUAGUAUGUGCCUGUGAUUAAUUAUGAUAUCAGGAAUUUGUGCAAAAUUCAAAGGUAAUAAGUUUUUAAAAACAACUUGCUGCAUCAUUAAGUAUUUAAAAUGGUACUUAAUGUAGGUUUAGUUAGGCUUGAUUUCAUGCUCGUUUGUGUUAAUGUUGAACCAGACAGAGGCUUUGUCACUUAAAGUAGCUCAGUACUGCCCUCUAGUGGAUCAUAUGAGUUAUUACUGUUAGAUAGGAGUUUAAUGCUGAGCUUGCACUGAUAACAUUUAACUCUCUCUUAUUAGAUUUUGCAUAGCAUGCAUAGCACAUUAAAUAUUUCCCCUUCAACAAAUGUGCAAACCUGUUUGUGUCAGGGGAAAGAGUUACAACUUCAAUACUUAUCUACAUAUUGGCUUUUAUUCAGAGGAAAAGAAAAAUGUGUACUGAAGAAUUACAGUUGCUAUUAUUGUUGUUACUAUAUCUACACAUGCAGCAUUGGGGUUUGUGAGACCCCAAACAGUGUUUUGACCCAGAAUUGACCAUAUGGCUGUCUGGGAUUUGUCAUGCAGGUCAGGAAACUACCUUAAAAAAUUCCACCUAGUGGCUUUUUUAGUCUGACCCAUAAUUGCUGUGUUUCCCAGGAGACAAAGGGAGAGAGAGAGAGAGAGAGAGAGAGAGAGAGAGAGAGAGAGAGAGAGAGAGAGAGAGACAAAAAAACCUCUUCCUUACUUACACUUCCCAUGACUUUGAACAAGCAAAGAAUGAGACAUCAAGGUUACUUUAAAUGUGCUUUGCAGUAUGCUGGGCUGUUACAAAGCAAAAUGUACUUUUGAAGCAUCACAUGGAAGCUCAUGUAGUUUGUUCAGUAAAGCACAAUUUAAACAAAGACAUGAAUUUAUGAGCCAGAGCAGAAGAAAAAAAACUUUUUCACAGCUUCGUGUCUUCCUGAAAGUAUGUAUGCAAAUGACACAACAGCUGCAGAAUGGUAUAUCUUAUGAAAUGAACAGCUAUCCUAUAACCUGACUGUUCUCCUAUGGUAAAGUUUGGUCUUGAUGACAAUGAUUUUAAAUGUCAAACUUGAAAAAAAGAGCUGUUUUAGUAACAUGUGGUCCACAUUUGAUUUGUGUAUACAAUCAGGCUCCACACACAUACACAAACAAAACAUUUAAGCAGGGUAAACACAACAUUUGAGGAAGAACAGAACUCUCGUGAUGACUUAACAUGCAUUGAGAUUCACAGAUUUUAACCCUUUGUCUACUUUGCUGAGUUUGUAGUUUUACAUGCAGGCCAGAUACCAUGUGCCCCACAGCUCCAGGUGCUGUGCCUCAGAACUGCUGAGUGGCUUUGUUCCCUCUGUCUCCUCUACUGGAAUUAAAGCCCUUCUUCAAUGUAUUUUUAACCAGGGGAAAA